AUGUCGAUGAAAUCCAAGAUCAUAUCAUUCUUUAGUUCCAGUAGACAAUAUGCUGUUGCUGGUGCCAGUAACAAUCCUUCAAAGUUUGGUUACAAAAUUUUAAAUUGGUACAUUUUGCACGAUUUGCCAGUUAUUCCAAUCAAUCCUAAAGAACAAGAGAUUUUAGGUAAAGAAGUUGUCUCCAAUGUUACCCAAAUCAUUAAUGCAAUUGAAAAUCAUAAAGAUAUUUUGUCUUAUAAAACUUCACAAGCUGAUGGGUUGAGCAUUUCGUUCUUAACUCCACCUGCUAUUACUGCUAAAACUUUAGAAGAAAUUAGUAAAAUUGAAGGUUAUGACAAAGUUAUCAAAGGAUUGUGGUUUCAACCAGGAAGUUAUGACCAAACGGUUUUGGAAUUGGCAGAAAAGAUUGGUGAAUUUGAUAAAGUUGUUCAUGAAGAUGAAUGUAUUUUAGUUAGAGGAGAAGAAGGCAUGAUAUCUGCAAACUUGUAA